GUGUCUCCCAUCAGAAGUCAGGAUCUGAAGAUCUGAUCUGAUCCGGGGGUUAUCCGGUCCCCAUGUUAGAACCACUGCGGGUUCUAACAUGACCGCGCGGGACCGUUUCCCUCCUGUCGCCCCGCAGAACCGGAGCGGGUGACGGAGCGACCCCUCCUCCUCGCGCGGGACAGGGCGCGCGGCGAACAGGUGUGUCUGAGCACGCGGGCCAGCCCGUCCCUCCCCGAAAUCCCCGUCCCCAUGAGGAGCUGACGGUUCCGGUCGGAAACUUCUCCUUUCCUCUUUUUGGUGGCGGAGAGUCCCGGCGCGUGCCCGCGGAAGCUGCCCGCCGGUCCGAACCUUCAACGGACGUUUGCGGCCGUUUCAGAGUCCAGCCGCUCUCUGUGUCAUGACGUCGGUCGGAACCGUCCCACCGGGGACGGUCGCGGACUUCCAGAACUACCAGAACUUCCAGGACUGGUGCCUGCGGACCUACGGGGAUUCGGGGAAGACCAAGACCGUGACCCGGCGGAAGUACGACCGGAUCCUGCAGACGCUGCUCCACAGCACCGAGGCGGAUGGAGGAAACAACGCCAAGUUCAAGUUCUGGGUCAAAUCCAAAGGCUUCCAGGUCGGGACCGGGACCGGAACCGAGGACAAGGACGUGCUGUUCGUCCCCAUCAAAGCGGCGUGCGUGGAGGAGCCAUCACACGGUGACUCGUCUCUGAAGCGCGUGGCGGUGGUGGAGGACUUCUUUGACAUCAUCUAUUCCAUGCACGUGGAGACCGGCGCUGAUCCUGGGAAGACGCCAAAGCACGCCGGCCAGAAAAAGACCUACAAAGCUAUCGCAGAGACGUACGCUUUCCUGCCCAGAGAGGCGGUGACUCGCUUCCUCAUGACUUGUGGAGAGUGUCAGAAGCGGACGCAUCAAGGCGCCGCGGGACAGGACUGCAAAGAAAACAACCUUCCAGGCUCCUUCGUGUCAGAGGAGGUCGACUACAACCUCCCCAUCACGAGCACUUCCAUGAAGAUGAAGCAGCAGCUGAAGCUCAACACAAAGGAUGACAGCUCAGUGAGCAGCGAGGCGGAGGCAGAGAUGAGCGAGCCCACGUGGCUAGCAGCAGAUCUGGGGAGAGUGACGGAGCUGAGCCCAACACGCCGCGAGGACAGGAUGCGCCACAGCCCGCUCAACGCGCACGGCAAGGAGGAGGACGAUGAUUCAUCGUCAGAGAGUGGCAGCGGAAAUGGCCUGCCCGCCCUGACCCCUCCCUCCUCCGCUGUGAUGGAUAGCGCCAUCGUCAGGGAAACCGAAGUCGUCAAUGGCAACAGUAGCUCCGCGCCGCUCGACUUCAGCCGGCCCACCUCCUCCUCGUCCACGGAGGAGCAGCAGCCGGUGAACCUGAGCGAGCCGCCCCCCAAGCGCCUCCCCCUGUCCACGCCGCACCUGCCCAUCACGGUGUCCGCGGCGGCGGCCGCACUGCUCGGCGCGCUGCACCCCAGCGCGCCGGAGGAGCUCCGCAGAAAGUACCCCCUCACUGCCAAGAACCCCCUGACGCCGCACACGGCCCUGCCUCUGCCGCGCACGCCAAACACUCACGCACAGCCGCACAACGCAGAGCUGCGGCUGGACCGGGACGGCAGGGAGUUCGGGAGCAAGUCUCCACAGUACGGUUUGGGCGGCAGCUACGACAGCAUGAAGAUCGACUCCAACGCAGAGGACCUGAGCACGGCGCGCCACAUCAGCCAGGCGGCUCCAGAUGACGACGACGACGACCACGACGACCACGAUGACAACGACAAGAUAAACGACACGGAGGGCGUCGACCCCGAGAGGUUAAAGGCUUUCAAUAUGUUCGUGCGCCUGUUCGUGGACGAGAACUUGGAUCGGAUGGUACCCAUCUCCAAACAACCCAAGGAGAAGAUCCAGGCCAUCAUAGAGUCCUGCAGCAGGCAGUUCCCAGAAUUCCAGGAGCGCGCCCGCAAGCGCAUCCGCACCUACCUCAAAUCCUGCCGGCGCAUGAAGAAGAACGGCAUGGAGAGCCGGCCCACUCCGCCACACCUCACCUCAGCCAUGGCUGAGAACAUCCUGGCUGCCGCCUGCGAGAGCGAAUCCCGCAACGCCGCAAAGAGGAUGCGCCUUGAAGCCUACCAGGAUGAGCCGAUCUCCCUGGAUAAGUCGUCCAGCAGCGGCGCCGCGGUGCGGGAGCCGGCGACCCUCGCUCACUCCGCCUUCUCCCUGGCUGCCACCGCCUUCUCCUCCCCGGAAACGCAACUCUACAUCAACGGAGCCGGCCUCAGCUAUGGUUACCGUGGAUACCUGGGCCCCGCUAUUCAGCACCCGGUUUCUCUGACAACUGCCACUGCUACUCAGGGCAACGGUCCCACAGACCUCAGCAUGAAAUCCCUCUCCUCCUCCAACAUCAGUAACUCCCCCUCCUCCACCGCCAACAGCCUGGGUGGGCGUGGCAGCGGCGGGGGCGGAGCUUCGACCCAGCUCAGUCAGCCGGAGAUCACAGCCGUGAGGCAGCUGAUCGCGGGAUACCGGGAGUCGGCGGCCUUCCUGCUCCGCUCCGCCGACGAGCUGGAAAACCUCAUCCUGCAGCAGAACUGACGUGGAGCGGCCCCGCCCCUUUAACACACCUGCGCAGACACACACACUCGCACAGCCUUCUCGUUUGUGGACAGGAUGGAAGCGGCUCCUCUCAUCCGUGGGAGCGCCUGACAGCGAGGAGGAGGAGAAGUCCGGAGUCGGAGCCUCUGAUCACUAGGAACUAACAUGGGAACUCUCAACUACUUCUUUAAAGAGGAAACGACACUUUAUUUUGACAUUUUUGUUCUGUUCUGACGGCUGAGGACCUCGACAUAUCUGGAAAGAUGCCACUAAGUACAGCCCUUGAUUUGAAGGAAGACGUUUGAUUUAGCAGAAGGAGAGAAACCAUUUAGUGCUUGCCUGUACAUAAGCUCUUCGUGUCUUUAGCACCUUCCCCUCACCUGAAGGCUCACCUGAAGGCUCACCUGGACCCUCCCAGUCCUCUCUCCUUUCACCCAAAGAGCAACUCGCUACUUAUGCAUCCAAAACGCCAUGGUGACCGCCAGGAAUUACCUCAAACCAGACCUGCCAACUCCGUCUGUGCUCGUCCCAACAUUCCCUUCAGACGCCAGUUUACUUCAGCGUGAUGUCAUCGUGGGGCGGGGGGGGCCGGACCGGGACGCUGAGCUGUUGAUUGUGCUGCUGUAAAUAUCCAGUCCAUCUUGAAAACUUGAAGAAUCCGAGCGGAAAGUGGCGUGUGUGUGUUUGUUUGUGUGUUUGUGUGGGGACGGAGGGCUGUUGUUUUCUGGGAGUUUUCUUCCCAUCUCUUCUUUUUACAAAAGUGGGCGUUGAUCCGGCGGGACUCGGCGUCCGGGUUUGUGUUGGACCUGCUCUCCUCAGACCUUUGUGUGGACCUAACCCCGCCCCCUCGUCUUUCUGUGUUUGUCUGUUAACUUUGAACGGCCAUUACUAUUUAUAUUGUUCCUGUUAUUAUCGCUGCGAUGAAUCUAAUGAACUCUCAUGUUGCUGCUAUUAUUGAAGAAAAGCGGACCUUCUGCCAUAGACCGGAAACCUCAACAAAGCUGCCGUGUCCUGCAGCAACCCCCCCCUCCCCCACGGCGGCUGCGCCCCGUCAAACAGGCGCCCCGCUGUAGCCGGCGUUGAGUCGGCGAGCGCGCUCUGUGCAGCAGCUCCGUUUAUGUUGUGAUCUUUCUCCGUUUUCUUUGGAAUUCUUUCAUCCGUCGGGAUGGUGCAUGGAAGGGGGGGGCUCGGUGACGUUCAGCUCCGUCCUGAAUGGACCAGAAGGAGUUUCUGCAGUACAGACGGAUCAGAAACGCUGCAGAUGGAGCUUCUAACAGGAAGUGGCGAGGGGUCAGAUGAGGUCACACAAACACAUUUCUGCACUGAAGGAUCCUAAAGUUUUCAUCCAAGGACUCAGACUUUCUUUGAAGCUUGAUGUCAGACGUUGUUUUGUUUGUUCUUUAACUAAUUAGCAUCUCGUUAGUCUUUGAGUUUGUUUCCAGGACUCAGAAUCAACCUCACUUUUUGAACAUUCAUCUUCUGUAAAACAUAAACAAGAUGAAUGUGUUGGAAUGAUCUUUUGGGGUUUGUGGGAAAGUCUGAACCCUUGGACCAUCAGUCCUGCUGAGUCAGCGACCUCGGUGUGUUUCUGACCGGUUGGUGGAGAUCCUCUGUUAAAACACACACCGUGUGCGACCUUCGUCUCCACUGACCGGUCAGUGGACUCUGUGUUUGCCUUUCGCCGUCCGGCCCUCGUAGAGCGGCUAACACUUUUGGUUCUCGUUUCUUCGGCUGCAGAGGAAUCCCCUUCCGUGAACUGUGUCGCGGCGUGAACCAGGCGAAGCGUUUGAAGCCAUAGAAAUGUGUCAGGAGGUGAAGGGCGGUUUCUUCUCUCGGAGCUCAAGCAGCUGCAGAGCAACCCAACAGCAAAGGACAAUCUGUAGCGGGGUGGAGUGUCAGAUGCAGCUGGCGUCUGUCAUAAUCACAGCUCCUCUACCAACUCCUUACACACUGACUGCCCACAUGUUUGCAUCAAGUUCCUCUUUAAGAGUAGUUUUGUUUUCUCUCUGUAAGACCUUCAUGAGCGACCGUCCUCCAGCAGCUGUUUGUCCUGAGGUCUUGUUUGAACGGUGACGUUCUGCAGCUUCAGAGAAUCGUUCCUUUAAUCCCACCUUUCCGUGACCUCAGGUGAGAAGCUCCUCCUUAUCGACGAUCCCGGCCUUUUUCUCUGUUCGGAUCAGCUCGGUGCCGGUCAGGUUCCCUCAGUCUGACGGGUUCAUUCGCACUUCUGAGGGCGAGACGUGACUCGGUUCUGGAGUUCUGCCCGCGCGUCCAUCAGGAUCCGACUCGCUGGAAAUGUGAUGUUUACAUGUACAGAUUUCUGCAUUUCCACUGGUUUCCUUUCCGCUCCAUCCGUGUUCUGGCGUCGCCUGCCUCCUCCUGGGGACCGGACUCCGCCCCCCUGAGCUGGUGGUGUGGGGGGGUUGUUUGACUUCACUGCCUCGGCUGCAGUCGAGGUUUUUCUACGGCCAUCAAUCAGUUUGCUGAGAGGUGUGGGCCAGCCGGAGGCGGGGUCCAGCAGUGGAGGGGAGUCCUCAGAGAAUGAUAAGCCAUUGCAGAGCCUGCAGGCUCUCCGUCUAUUAGUAUAUUUAGCAAACAUUAAAGCGCAGAUGACAAAUGUCAAGCUCAGGAAAAAGGGACGCCACUUUUGUAAAAUCAGAUCCGCCCUGUUCCCCCUCUAAACCAUGUUCUUUGUGUUCUAUUUAUUGAUUCAUUCCAAUCUUUACUGUGAAUAUUUUUUUAUCGUCUAGUUCUAUAUGUCCUCCUUUAGGGAAGCGUUAAUAUAUGCCAGAAGACUGAAAGGACUGAGGGAAAAGCUUUGUUUUCUUUGUUUUGUUAGUUGAGCGUUUGUGUUUGCUUCGUCCAGCAGGACGAGAAGACGCGGCGGCGCAGCUUCGUUUUGUAUGGAAUCACCGCCGAAGCCAUCGUGUGUCUGGGCUUAACAGUGAAACAGAAAUUGUGAAUAUUUAUGUUUGUUCUCAUUUUUUGUUUCCUCCCCAGCUGUACAUCACAAAGCUAAAUAUACUAAUAAAACUGUGUGCUAUCUAUCAA